ACUUACGAUAUUCAUGGCGCCAUCUGUGAAAAAAUGAAGUCCAACGAGAAAUCUGGUGGACACAGUAAUAGUCUGGUCAAAUCUAGUAGAUCAUCUUCAAAGAGAAAUGAUUUUGAUCAGAAGAAGAAGAAAGAGGAAGAGCAUACACAGCAAGUGUUUGAGGAGUUUGUCGCCACUUUUGAGGAGCCUUCUAAAUCCCGAGCGUGGGUUAAGGGUGGUGUCGUCAAUCCGUCUUCAGGUUCCUCAGAGGAUACGAAGGGGACUGGCCGCAUAUACAGACCUGUCUCGAAGUUGGAUUCUAGAUUAAAUAAAUCUGAGGAACAAAAUAAAGCAGAUUUCAAGAAAUCCACUGAAAAGCCUCCAGCUCUCGGCAAGCGCAAGGGACAAGAACAAAAAAAAUCUAAACUAGAACAGUUCAAAGAGGAGCUCAAAUUGAUUCAGCAACAGAGAGAGCAAAGACAUGCAUUAAGACAAGGCAGAAAUCAACUCUCUACACAGUCUGAGCUAGAUCUCUCCGAUGUUGGUAUGCGUAAUCGGGAAUAUCGGAGGGGUUCUUCCAAUAAUCAGGGUGGAGAUUCAGGCAUGGGUUUUCACAACACAGUGUCAACACCACCGAGCUUUUAUUCUAAACGCAGCCAAAAUGAUCGUCAUGAUGUUGAUUACCCAUAUGAUUACGAUGGUGAUAGGACAACGACAAAUCUUUUUCUUGGGAAUCUAAACCCUAAAAUGACGGAGCAACAGCUGUGUGAGGCUUUCGGUCGUUAUGGUCCUCUUGCAAGUGUCAAAAUAAUGUGGCCUAGGACGGAAGAAGAACGUUCAAGAGGAAGAAACUGUGGAUUUGUUGCUUUCAUGAAUAGAAAAGAUGGCGAACGAGCCCUCGACAACAUUAGAGGGAAAGAACUUAUGGGAUUUGAAAUGAAAUUAGGUUGGGGGAAAAGCGUCCCGAUCCCUUUAUAUCCAGUUUACAUUCCUCCGGCAUUGCUUGAGUUAGUUAAACCACCUCCUCCAAGUGGACUACCAUUCAAUGCCCAACCUAGAGAGUGGUUGAAGUCAUUUCGCUUGGCGAUCAAGGAGCGAGCCAAACGUGUAACUGAUGGUGCAGACGGUGACAGCGCGCCACCACCCCCAGCUCCAGACCGAAAGCCAUACGAUAUAAAUAAAAUGUCGAGUGAAGAACUUACUGAAGUUCUCCGUGAAGCGGUGGUUAAGGUCGUUAUGCCAAGUGAUAGAUCCAUACUUGCUCUGAUUCAUCGCAUGAUUGAAUUUGUCGUUCUUGAAGGUCCUCAAUUCGAGGCCGCGGUUAUGCACCGGGAAGCAAAUAAUCCUAUGUUUAAAUUCCUUUUUGAUUAUCAAUCUUCGGAUCAUGUAUACUAUCGCUGGAAGUUAUGGUCUGUUCUACAUGGCGAAAGUGUAACCAAAUGGCGUACAGAAGAAUUUCGAAUGUUUGAAGGUGGUCCGCUUUGGCGUCCCCCUCCUGUUAAUUUAUUCUCUGGUGGCAUGCCAGAAGACCUUGUUGAAGAAGAUGAUUAUCCUUACGCCCCAGGAUAUGUUCCGCCGCCUUCUGGAAGAAGACGUGAAUCUGAAGACUUGCAAGAAGAAAUUCGUUUAGAAGCUGCUGCCGCUUCUCGUCGUUGUGGUUUAACAGAGGCACAACGAGGUCGGUUUACUCAAAUGCUGGAGGAUCUUGAACCCUGUCGCAUUAAAAUAGGUGAGGUUAUGGUGUGGUGUUUGGAACACGCGGAUUCUGCCUCCGAUAUCGCCUUGUGUAUAGUUGAUUCAGUUGCUCCAAAUUCGAAUUUCAUUUCAAAUUAUUUGGAUAAAGAAACAAAUUCAGCCGAUGAAAAUCCUAUCUCAGACUUGAAAUCCGACCAGGAUUCUACAGAGCAUGAAAAAUCUCAAUGUAUAAGCAUAAAUAAAUUGGUCGCUCGUUUGUUCUUGGCUUCUGAUAUACUAUAUAAUUCGUCAGCUAAAGUUCCAAAUGCUUCUUUCUUUCGAAAGUGUUUUGAAACUUGCUUACCAGAUAUGUUCAAAAACCUGAAUUUACAUUAUAAAAAUGUAGAGGGGAAACUUAAAGCUGAACAAUUGAAGCAAAAAGUCAUGCUUUGUUUCCGUGCGUGGGAAGAUUGGGCCGUAUAUCCAAAUGAAUUCCUCAUCAAGUUGCAGAAUAUAUUCUUGGGGCUGGUGUCGGAGGCUGUUGACUAUGAAGCCGACCUGUCGGGUAUUCCAUUAAAUUUGAUUGAAGAUGAGCAAAAUCAAGAUUUGUCAAAAAAAAAAGGAUUUUUAAAUCCGGAUGUCGAGGUUCUAGAAAGCCAACCGUUAGUUCAAUAUGAUGGAGAUCCCUUGGAUGUUGAUGGUAGUCCUUUAGAUAAUGAAGAUGAUCGGUCUCCUUCACCAGUUCGACCUAAGAAUUCUCAGCUCAGUGCAACUACAACGGAGGAUGAAGUAAAACCAUCUGGGGAUACUUCUAAUCGUUUAUUUGUUCCAAGCAAAUGGGAAACCGUUGAAGCUACUGAACCAGAGGCAUUAACAGUCGCAAGUAUAUGGGAAUCCACCUCUGUUUUAGAUACGAAAAAAGACCAAACUAUCUCCAAGUCCAGUGACAACAUGCAGAAUACUCCUAGUCACCUUCAAAACCAACCGAAUGGUUUAAAUAAGGGGGCGUUUCUUCCUUCUGAAGUUGUAAAUGGAAUCCCACUUGAUACAAGUCGAUGGAGUAACAAUGCUUCAACAAAUAAAGUAGACGAUGAUGUAGACGGAGAACCAUUACCCAUUUUAGGAGGACUUGUGGCUUAUGAUGACGAAGAUGCUGCCAGUCCAGGUGCGAGCGAAUCUAGUCUUUCACCUGUACCAGUCUCUCAAAUUCCUUGUCCAACUCCCGUAACUUCCGCGACUUCUCACGUUUCUUCAACACCUAGUAGUACUUCGACGACACCUGUUUCUGAAGAGCGUCGCGCUAUUUUAAGAGAAGUAGAACUCAAGGUAUUAAAGUAUCAAGAUGAGUUGGAGGCAAGUCGUAAAGGAGAUAAAACAAUUACGGAUGAAGCUAUAAACAAGCAAAUUCAACGUUACAGAGAACGCCUUUUAGAAAGCCUUGUAGAAAAUGAACAUUCUGUACAUAAAAAAGGACAUAAAUCUGUUCAUCGUAACAAAUCCAAACCAUCCAAAAGUGUUAAGGAGAAAAGUGGUCUGACACCUCAUCAAUCGAAAUAUCAGUCGCGAGGUCGUGAUAUGUCAUCUUCCCCUACACGAAGGAAUUCAAGGGAUCGUUCACCUCCGCGUUCAUUUCGUGAUCGUGAUCGCCCUCGCCGACGUCAUGCUUCUCCUUCUGGGAGCCUGGGUCCUGGAGACUGGAGUACUUAUAAUAGCCCUUCUAUGCGAAUGGACUCACGAAACUCCAGCGAACGUCGGAGGACAUCUGCUUCCGCUUGGGAGCCUGAUUCGACAGAGGAUGAAAUUAACUACUCAACACAUUUAGAAGAUGUGGAAGAAGGAGAAGCCACUGAGGAUGAUGACGCGGCGGCAUUUACUUCAAAUCAGUCCCAUUCCAUUACUCCGAAGAAAAAACAUGUUCCACACAAAUCGAAUCGCAAACGACACCGUUCACGAAGUCCGGACCCAGUUGCAGCCCACAAUCGACAUUCGCAUCGUUCUCGGACUCCGUCACCAUCCAGAAAAAAGGUACAUUCGUCAGACUCAGCCUCCAGAAGCUUAAAGCGGAAAUAACAUAUUUCUCAUUGCUUUGCACAGACGGUGUUUCAACUUACACCUUUGUACAGUUUCUAAUUUUCUCUUAAUUUUGUUUGUAUGUCUAGGUUCGAUGAUAAUGUAGUAAUACCUCUAUCUUCAAAACUGAAUAAAUUAUCAGCAACUUCACAGUUUUUAAACCUUUUACGACGAAGCUACGUCGAUCAUAACUGGAAUAAAACAUUUAAGUCUACAUAGUUACUUGAAGUGCUAGAACGUAUAAGACAAGUCCUUUCUUGUAGAAUUCAUUUUCUUUACUGCUGUGUGAAAAUAGUGACAGAUAUCUCAUUCUUUUCGAAGCUAAAGAUAAUCGUGAAUUAUUAAUCACUCAACGCCAGCUAUAUGUUUGCCCUUCAAAAUAUACUUAUGAGAUUUGUAUAGAUGAUGCUUUCACAUAGCACCUGUGUGACAUUGAAUAUAUAUCAUUUAAUUAAGAUUUUAAUCUAAUACCGUACUUUACUGCGUUGCAGCUGUCUUUUUCGCUGUGUAAAGACACACGGGUAUUCUGUUUGGAUGAAGCAGCUGUUGUCAAAUGUUAGAUUUCUUCGGUUUUUGUUGACCACCUCUCAAAACAUGCAGUUCGUUUUCAGUUAAUGUAAAAUGCUUUUAUUCAGUAGAUGAUAAUUUGUCGGUUAUCCUUUCACUUAGAAACUUGAUUUCUAUCAGCAGGCUUUUUCUCGAAUUCGUCUUUGAAUUGCUACGUUAACAGUCAUAUAUAUCUUCGGUUGAUUCGAUUUUCGGUGGGGUUAAUUGUAUUAAAGAUCGAUGUAUAAUAUGGAGUAGGAUAUUCCGACGGUAAGUUUGUAGGCGAGUUUUCACAAAUAUUGUGCCUACAAUGACUUAUUUGUAAGAACAGUCGUAAUCGUAAGUUCCAUCGACUGCUUAAAGUAUUAAAAUCGCUGGUGAAAUUCAAAAUUACUGUUUCCCUCUGAAUGAAUCAUGAUAUUGGUAACAGUGAAGCUCUAUUAGUUAUUCUGAUGACACUGUAAUUGAUGGACUAGCCAAACAGAAGGGUUUGGGCGAUCUUAAGGUCACGGUGAUUAUUUCAGUGCCUGCUUUUAAAGAGCGGCCGCAAUAAAUGCGAUUACUAAAAAGUUCCUUUAUUUAUCAUCUCGGUAGUCAAAUGACUCUUCAACCUUGUACAGACUGUCGUGAUGAUGUAUUUCGAUGUAAUAUAUGUUGGAGGCAAGUCUGCUAGAAAAAGAAAUUUUUCGCUCGAUCCCGAUUGAAACUAAGACAGAUUAUGAUAGCUGUUGCAAACUGAAUAACAAAAGCACCAGUAACACGCUGCAACCUUUGCAGAUGAUAUCGAAGCUUCGGCAGUUCAAUGGUAUGAGUAUUGUCGAGAUAUAUUUGCAAUGAAAAGUGACAAGCUUGCAUGGAUCGUUCGAAGUUGGCAGAAUCGUGGAAAUAAACGAAACUGUCGUUAGAAUAUGCAAACUCAAUAGAGGAUGAAGUGUUAAUGAAGACUGGGUAAGUAGCAUUUCCAUAAAUAUACUUAACAGAUCCUUAGUAUAUAUGGUAGACGAUCUCAAAAAUGGAACUUCCAGAGCGUUAGAAACCGAAAAGCUACAACUACAAUAUCAAACAUACGAGAGUAUGUGCAGCCGAGAAUCACAAUAUACAUGUAUGACUGGAGAGCAUGUCGGUGGUUACACACUGGGUUACGUGCAUCGUGUCGUCGUCCAUGAGCGGCAUUUUGUAGACACUACCACCAAAGUACACACAAACAAUAUAGAAGCAAUGUUGUCGAGGCUAAAAGAGGUCGACUAGUGUGGGGUUACAUGGAUGAGAUCCUGUAUCGCAUAAAUUACGGUUUCCGAACUGCAUAAACUUCCUGACCUUGGAAAUUUUCUAAAACAUGUUAAAAAAGUGUGUUCACUCUAAUUUUUUUGGUUUUGUAUGAUAUAUUCUUACUCUAUACUGACUGUUUUCUGAUUGACUAAAAUUCCUCAAGGUCACUUGAGAUUCGUUCAAGGUUCGUCCAUUAAUUAUAGCCUCGCCGUUAUGCUUCUAAUAUAGUGACAGAGCUACUGUGCCCUAACUCAAUGUAAAACUUUUGACGGGUUUUAAAUUAGAAUAUCACACAAUGUUUGGUUGUAAAAGUUAAGUGUUGUCAAUUUUUGCAUGUCAUACGUAUAGGAGUAAUUUUUGUGUUUUUCGAACUGUCCCUCUACAGGAAAUACAUAAUCUUAUGGGAGUGCGAAGUAUUGUAAGAAAAUUUGAUCCAGUUAACAUUAGCUGGUAUAACUAACGGGUUUUACAAUGAAUUAGAAUAGAUUAUCACUCUGAAAUAUCUAUUAAAGCUUAUGCCUGUAAUAAAAUUUUAAAGCGUUUAUGAUAAGUUCUGAGUAGUUGUGUACGUGAACGAUUACAACCUUACCUUGCUAAGGAAGCGUGGCAAAUAAUUCUCAUGUCAGUCACUUUCCGCACUGGAUAUGCAGGCUUUACCAUUGAGUUGUGUAAACUAAAAAUAAAUUUGUACUUCAUUCUAAAGUGGCUUUUGUUAUAUCCUAGUGAAGGUUAAAUUACGAGUAACCUCCAAUAACAAUUAAUAAACUAAUAUUGUUAUUGUAUAACUAUGUAAUACCUAGAUUGUAUAUAUCCAUAUUCCUCUUAUUAUAAGCUUCAUUUUGACCUAUAGAUUAUUAUUGUACGAUUUAAGUUGUACUCCCACGUUCGCAACCACUUUUGGUUUGAUUUUGUAUAAAUGUUAUUUCCUAUUUUAUGCUGUGAUGCGGUCUGUUUGGCUGGUAUUUAAACCAAGUAUGUCUGAAAUAAAUGAUUCGCAUAGUG